AUGCUUUUCACCAGCGCGGCGCUCUCGUCGCUUUCCUUAAUAGCCACUCUUUCACAGACAGUUGCCGCUCAUGGCUCGUCACACAACGCGCACCAGCGCCACCACCUCCGCCAGGCUGCGGAGGGAGACCCUGUCAUCGUCACCGGCUCCAGGAGCUUCGGUGAUGGCGAGGUGCACUCUCGUUUAGAGGUCAGCGACAUGUUCACAAACCGACCCGACCAAUGGACUCUGCUCAUCCUGGCGAUGGAGAAAUUCCAGAGUGGAGGAGAGAGCAACCUCACGAGCUACUACGCUGUUUCCGGCAUUCACGGCGUGCCGCGGGAGGAAUGGGACGGUGUCCGUCAGUGCGACACCUGCCAUGGUGCCGAUGGAUAUUGCACUCACGACUCGGUCUUGUUCCCAGCAUGGCACCGUGUCUACAUGGUCUUCUUCGAGCGCCUGUUCCUCGAGAUUGCGCAGGAGAUUGCCGAUUCUUACCCACCAGGUCCUUUGAGACGUCGUAUGCAGAAGGCUGUCGAGUCCCUUCGCUGGCCAUACUGGGACUGGGCUGCGAAGCCAGAGGGCGACCACUGCCUUCCGGAGUUCUUGAGCGCGCAGCAGAUCAACAUCACUGGCCAGAACGGCGACGAGACGAUCGACAACCCAUUGUACAGCUACAAGUUUGUUGACCCGUCAAAACUCUACUACGCACCUUUCAACCAGUGGCACUCGACUCUGCGUUACCCCAACUCCAACAAUGCUGAUGUUUCGGGUGACGAGCAGUCCGUCGUCAAUGCAUUCGACAGCGUUCGCCAGACUCUGCAGGACCAGGUCUACUCUCUUUUGGCCAACUGUGACAACUACCUCUACUUCUCCAACGAUGCGCCAGGUGGCACAUACGCAAAGUGCGCCAACAGCUUGGAGCAAAUCCACAACAGCGUUCACACCACUGGUGGUGGCCCUGGUAGCAAGGACGUUUCCGGUGGUCACUUGACUUACCUUCCUCUUGCUGCCUUUGACCCAAUCUUCUGGUUCCACCAUUGCCAGGUCGACCGCAUCUUUGCGCUCUGGCAGACAAUCUACCCGAACAGCUACGGCGCUGACCAGGUCGCACCGCACCACACAUGGACCAUUCCUGAGGGCUCCACCCAGGGCAUCGACUCUGAUCUGACCCCGUUCCGUGAUUCACCAAACAGCUUCUGGACUACACGCAAGGUGCGGGAUUGGCAGAACACCUUCGGCUACACUUACCCCGAGUUCGCCUCGACCGAUGGUAGCAGACAGGCGAUCAUCAAUGCUGUGAACGGCCUAUACGGUCCUAACGCUGACAAGACUGCCCCGUCGAUCUCGAGGACAGUUGAGAAGGGUUCCCUCAACAAGCGUGCUCUCCAGCCAUCUGGACCACCUCCUCCAAGCCAUGGUUCGUCCACAACCGAGCAGGAUUCGUUGACACCAUUGGAGGAUUCGCCAGCACCGCAAGGAGACUCGCCGGAGCAGCCUUCCGGUUCGUACAAUGUGUCUACCGCGCACAGCGUGUCUUACAGCACCUCGUACAGCACUGCCACCUCGACUGGUUACGGCUCGGUCUCGACUGGCCACCCAGCGGUGUACCCGAACAUGACGGUCGGCGGCAACAACCCCUUUAAGACCAGCAACGGCAGCACCUACGAGUACAUGUGCCACUUCCAGUCUCCUCGCUACACAUUGAACGGCUCAUACGUGAUCUACGCAUUCGACGGCACACCAGAGUCCGACGACACCACAACCUGGAACGGUGACAAGAGCUGCAUUGGAUCGAUCGGUAUCAUGGCUGGUGGUGACAUGGCGAAGCCGGAUGUCAUCUCGUACGGAGGUGUCCCAAUGACCCGUCAUCUGCAGGAGCGCUGCAAGGAGGGCAAGCUGGAGGGCAUGCAGGAGAAGCACGUAACGCCAUACCUGGCCAAGAACCUCGAGUGGAAGAUUGUGCGCUCAGGCGAGGUCAUCGACCCCGAUGUCGUCCCCAACUUCCAGGCCGCUGUCUACUCCGGCACUUCUUCCCCAGCAGGACCAAACUCUCUCGGUAGCUGGCACAGCUACACUCCUCAGGUCGAGGUCACCAAGAACAAGGCCGGUGGUGCACAAUCCGCUCCAGUCGCCGACUGCCCUGUCCCAUCCCCAUUUUCGCCAGCCUCGCCAGUUGCUGCGCCUUACCCAGCUCCUAACGGGACUGCUCCAGGCGGAUACGGAUACCCACCUGCCGGUACUGGCGCACCAUCUGGCACUGGCGUUUCGCCCAACCAGCCUCCCGCCUACACCGGCGCUGCCGGCAAGCCUUCAUUCCAGAUCGCGGGUCUGUUGGCGGCGGCUGGUCUCGUUGCUGUUUUGUAA